AUGUCGAUAUUGGUCGCAGGUGGCGGCAUUGGCGGUCCAGCAUUCGCCUAUUGGGCCUCUCGAGCAGGCUUCAAGGUGACCAUCGUCGAACGAGCCCCGUCCAUUCGUACUUCGGGGCAGAACGUCGAUGUGCGCGGAUCUGCACUGUGGACACUGAAGCAGAUGGGCGUCUACAAAGCCAUCGAAAAGGCUACCACAGGCGAGGAAGGGCUCUACUUUGUCGAUGAGCAGAAUCGCAAGCGGGCCGCUUUCCCUGUCGACCGAAGCGGCAAAGGGCUCUCCUUUACGGCAGAAGUCGAGAUCCUGCGAGGGGCAAUGUCCAACGUGCUCUAUGAGGCAACUCGUGAGAGCUGCAUGUGGAUCUUCGGCGACUACAUCAGCUCAGUGGAGCAAAACGGAGACGGCGUACGCGUCGGGUUCGCCAAAGGAAGGCAGAGCGAGCGAUACGACCUGCUCGUUGCUGCCGAUGGACUUUACAGCAAGACGCGGUCGCUCAUCAACCCUGCAUGGGAGGAAUCCUGCAUACGCUCCCUCGACGUCCUCACCAGUUGGUUCUCUAUUCCGAUCGAUAAAAACGAUGGUACCUGGGCCAGAGGCUACAAUGCUCCAAAGGGUCGCUCCGUGCUUCUUCGACCGGACAAGUCGGGCGUCUGUCGCGCAUCUCUCACGACUCGAACCACGGGCGCUUUCAGAGACGCCCAGAAGCUAUCCAAUCAAGAGCUCAAAGAGCUAUUCAGGGACCAGUUUGCAGACGUCCGAUGGGUCGAGAUCGGUAGAGUGCUGGACGGCAUGAUGACCGCCGACGACUUCUACGUGCAGGAUGUGGCACAGAUCAAACUCGACUCGUGGUCCAGAGGGCGUUGUGUCCUUCUCGGCGAUGCCGGUUAUUGCCCAUCACCUAUCACUGGUCUCGGGACGUCGAGCGCCGUACCGGGAGCCUACAUACUCGCGGGCGAGCUGCUCCAAGCAAGGAACCCGACAGACGAUUCCGUCGAUUACCAAAAGGCGCUGAACGAAUAUGAGCGCAAGUUCCGUCCGUUCAUGCAAGAGACUCAGAAGCUCCCGCCUGGCGCUCCCAAUAUUGCUCUCCCUCUGACAAGCUACGGCGUGAUGACGUUUCGCAUCGUCGUCGCUAUCGUCGCACGCAUUGUGCCUUACAUCAUUCCCUUUCUCAGCGGAUCGACGAGAGACUACAAACUCGAUCCUUACGCAUGGCCCUCGCUGCCUGAAUGA